AAUUGAACAUUGACUUUCUGACAGACUGUGGUGUGGACUUUGAUUUGACUCAUGCGUACAGGAGUACACAGGAACGCCUCUUUGAAGAUGUCGUAAAAAGACAGCUAGAUCUAUAUAAAUACAGAACCAAAGAUGCAGCUUUCCUUUCUGCAGAGUGGCACUCUUUACGAAAUAUAAUCUGGCCAAUCAAAUCCUGCCUGAUAACACACUACUGAGGACCAAAAGGAACCUUACAUUUUGGACAAACAACGAUUAGGAAAUAUGGUGGGACUUAAACCCUCAGAUGUUCCCCCUCCACUUGGGGUGAAGAUGGCGAGUGCUGGUGCUGCAGCCUGUGUAGCUGACCUUAUCACAUUUCCACUGGACACAGCCAAAGUCCGACUACAGAUUCAGGGAGAGAUGAAGGGAGUGGAAGGCAUCCGCUACAGAGGGGUGUUUGGGACUAUCAGCACCAUGAUCCGCACAGAGGGGCCCAGGUCUCUGUACAACGGGCUGGUGGCGGGGCUGCAGAGGCAAGUGUGCUUCGCCUCCAUCAGAAUCGGCCUCUACGACAAUGUCAAAGAUUUCUACACCGGUGGCAAAGACAAGCCUGGUGUACUGGUACGUAUUCUGGCUGGCUGCACAACAGGCGCCAUGGCGGUGUCUUGUGCACAACCCACUGAUGUGGUCAAGGUUCGAUUCCAAGCUCAGAUGAACCUGGAUGGUGUGGCUCGUCGGUACACUGGUACAAUGCAGGCCUACAAACACAUCUUCCAGAAUGAGGGCAUACGUGGACUCUGGAAAGGCACACUACCAAACAUCACAAGAAAUGCGCUCGUCAACUGCACAGAGCUGGUUACAUACGACCUGAUCAAAGAGGGCAUCCUUAGACACAACCUGAUGUCAGACAAUCUGCCCUGCCACUUUGUAUCUGCGUUUGGUGCCGGCUUUGUCACCACGGUGAUCGCUUCCCCGGUAGAUGUAGUGAAAACUAGAUACAUGAACUCACCACCGGGCCAAUACAAGAGUGCUAUCAACUGUGCCUGGACCAUGUUGACUAAAGAGGGGCCGACGGCUUUCUACAAAGGAUUUGUUCCCUCAUUUCUGAGGUUGGGAUCGUGGAAUGUUGUGAUGUUUGUCUCAUUCGAACAAAUCAAGAGAGCCAUGAUGGUCACAAAGAAGAGGAUUGAGGACAGAAAUUGACAUUCCCAUUUCAAAAUUUGGCGGAAGAAUGUGAACCAUUGGGUUGGAACAUCGCUGAAG